UACUUGUACAGCGCGCGAGGUAAUCUAACGACAUAUCAAACCAAUUUUUCUCAUUUUGUUUUAAUUUCAAACUUCUUCACAUUUGCCCUUCAGAUCACUCCUUCAUCUCUGUCAUUUCGUAAUGCACAACACCCCAAGAUUUGUUUAAAUACUAUAGUACCACAAUAUUUUAAGCAUUUUCUUUCAGAUCUUAUUUCCUUCUAUUUUGAGCAUUUUUUUUAUGUGGAUUUAUAAUGCUGGAUUAUUGAAAUUGAAUCUUGCCAUUUUCUUAUUCUGGGCUUGAUAUUGGUUUUUACGCUGGAAUAUAAAAGAUCAACUUUGAGAAAGUGCUGGAUUUCGGAGAUAUAAGUGUAUUUAUUUAUGGGACUUGAGUAAAUAGUGUGGUGAAAUUUUGUGGGCAUUUGCAAAUUUUCUUGGUGGGUAAUUUUCUUGGGGUUGGAGGAAAGAAAUAUGUUUUGGAGCGAAAAGGAAAGGGAGAACAAUGGGAAUGGCGGACCUCCUUGUGGGCAAGUUAGAGUGCUUGUUGUUGGAGAUUCAGGUGUCGGCAAGACUUCUCUCGUUCAUCUGAUUUUGACAGGUUCUUCUAUUGCUCGCCCUCCUCAAACAAUUGGCUGUGUGGUUGGCAUCAAGCAUACUACAUAUGGAACUUCUGGUAGCUCCUCAAAGAGCAUCAAAGGUGAUGUACAGAGAGAUUUUUUUAUUGAACUUUGGGAUAUAUCAGGGCAUGAACGAUACAAAGAUUGCCGGUCCCUGUUCUAUUCACAAAUCAAUGGUGUAAUGUUUGUGCAUGAUCUUUCACAAAGGAGGACGAAGACAAGCUUGCAGAAGUGGGCUUCAGAGAUUGCAGCAAUGGGGACAUUCUCGGCUCCUUUAUCGUCUGGAGGUCCAGGUGGCCUUCCUGUUCCCUACAUAGUUAUCGGCAACAAAGCAGAUAUUGCUACAAAAAAGAGUACAAUAGGGAGCAGUGGAAAUCUUGUUGAUGUUGCUCGCCAGUGGGUUGAGAAGCAAGGAUUACUUCGAUCGAGUGAGGAACUCCCAUUGACGGAGAGUUUCCCAGGCAGUGGAGGCCUUUUAGCAGCUGCUAAAGAAGCGAGAUACGAUAAAGAAGCUUUGAUGAAAUUUUUUCAAGUGUUGAUCCGGCGAAGAUACUUUUCAGAUGAAUUGCCAGGCGCCAGCCAUUGGUCUACCUCAAUUCACAGGCCAUUGGGACAAUCAAGUGAAAUUUCGAGUGAUGAGGAUCAGCAGAACAUGAAUUCCAGUUUGAUUGGCGACCAGUACAUGUACAAAGCGCUUCCUCCGCUACCGGCUCAGCACAACUUGACGCCACCUCCCACACUUUAUCCACAGAAGCCGAUGUCAACCCCGGACAAUUAUAACAUCCCUCGAUUUGCAUUGACGGGCUACCAAGAGAUAAGUGGGUCGAGAUCAAAGCGUACGGAUAUUAAUGUAUGAAGAUCUCAAUACUUAUUCAGUUGGCUAAAUAUCUCUCUCAGACAUACAGUAUACUGGCAUAAUGUGUUUUCAGAGAUGAACUUACAUUCAUUUUUUUGAGCCCCGUCGAGGCUCUCUGGUUAGUACGUGUUGAAAUGUGUAAAAUUUCUUUGUGUAGCACGGAACACCAUUCAAUUGUUAACUUUGAUUUUGAUUUUCAGGUUUCUAA